AUACACAAAGUUUGAAGUCACUUCCAUCCUCCACACACACACACAACACCUUCUCCUUCCGAAAAAUCUGAGCCGCCACCAAUGGCCGUCGUAAAACCCUACCUCCGCCGUAUCUCAACCCUAACCACCAUCAACCAUUUCUCUACCUCCUCUUCAGCCGCCGUCUCCACCUCUCAUCCCGACCCACACACCGACACCACCACCACCACCACCGUCACUAAAACCACCCAGACACUCUCCCCCUCAGAAACCCUAAUUUCCGAAAAACUCCACUCUCUAAUCAAAAACCACCACCGUCAAAACCCUAACACUAACAUCCCUUCUCUCUCAACUGACUUCUCCACCGUCUCCCGCCACCACCCCCUCUCCGCCGCCGUCAUCUCCUCCGUCAUCCAAAAAUGCGCCGCCGUACGCCACGGUAUCCCCUUUCCCCAAACCCUAGCUUUCUUUAAUUGGUCGGUCAACGAAACAUUUGUUUCACCAGAACCUUACAAUGAAAUGAUUGAUCUCGCCGGAAAAGUUCGCCAAUUUGAUGUAGCGUGGGAGGUAAUUAACAGGAUGAAAGCCCGAAACGUCGAAAUAACAAUCGAUACGUUUUCGGUUUUGAUCCGGAGGUAUGUUCGGGCUGGGAUGGCAGCCGAAGCGGUUCACGCCUUUAAUCGAAUGGAGGAUUAUAAUUGUAAGCCGGAUAGGAUUGCGUUUUCGGUUGUGAUUAGUAUCUUAUGCAAGAAACGGAGAGCCGAAGAGGCUCAGGCGUUUUUCGAUAGCUUGAAAUGUAAAUUCGAUCCGGAUGUUGUAGUGUACACUAGUUUGGUUCACGGGUGGUGUCGUGCGGGGAACCUUAAAGAAGCAGAAAGGGUGUUUCAUGAAAUGAAAGAGAAUGAGAUUAAGCCGAAUGUGUAUACUUACACGAUUGUGAUCGAUGGGUUGUGUAGAAUGGGUCAGAUAACGCGUGCACAUGACGUGUUCGCUGAAAUGCUUGACCAAGGAAUUGUGCCGAAUUCGAUAACUUAUAAUAAUUUAAUGCGUGUUCAUGUGAAAGCGGGUCGGACUGAGAAGGUCUUGCAGGUUUAUAAUCAAAUGAAGCGGCUUUCGUGUGAACCGGAUUUGAUUACUUACAAUUUUCUCAUAGAGAGUCAUUGCAAAGACGAGAAUCGCGAUGAAGCGAUAAAGGUUUUGAAUUCGAUGGUGAAGAAAGGGUGUGAGCCGAAUGCGGGUAGUUUUAACCCUAUUUUUAGGGAGAUAUUGAAAGCGCGCGAUGUGAAUAGCGCGCAUAGGUUGUUUGGGAGAAUGAAGGGGUUGAAGUGUAAGCCGAAUACGGUUACGUAUAAUCUUUUGAUGAGGAUGUUUGCGGAUUCGAAAUCGGCUGAUAUGGUGGUGAAGUUGAAAGAGGAGAUGGAUGAGAAUGAAGUGGAGCUUAAUGUGAAUAGCUAUAGGAUUUUGAUUGGGUUGUAUUGUGCGAUGGGGCAUUGGAACAAUGCGUAUAAGUUUUUUCGGGAAAUGAUCGAGGAGAAGUGUUUGAAGCCGAGUCAUGGUGAUUAUGAAAUGGUUUUGGGGCAGUUAAGGAAUGCUGGGCAGAUUAAGAAACACGAAGAAUUGGUGGAGAAGAUGGUGAGUAGGGGUUUUGUUGCGCGACCUUUGUAGCGGGUGACACUAUUGGUCAUAUUGCUACGAUGGUCGAUGUUUGUGUUAUAUCUUUGUCGCAGGUGCUGCGCUACCUUUUUGGAGGCCUAAAGAAAACUUUGAAAUCAGUCAUUUUCAAGAACUUUCAAAAUAUUCGGGACCUAACAAGAGCUUUUUAGCCCCAACUUUAGAGCCGAACCUGCUUUGUAGGUACGCGGACAACCCCAUUUCCGUGUUUUAACCCCUUUGUAUUGAAUGAGCCGAAUUAUCACAUUUUAGAUCUCAAAUAAAGAUUGAUUCGUUUUUAA